CCGAAUUCCAGGAAGCGUAGAGCUCGCAGAGCGCGAAAGUUUGGAUAGAUCAACAAUGCCAACCGCAUUACGAGGGGCGUACGUAUUUUCAUACGUUUGAGACGAGCGUCACAGCUGGCCCCCUGGCCAGAAUAGCGAGGCGCCAAAAAAGUAUAAAAUGAAAGGGAGGUCGCACAAAUCAAUGCGCUAUGGCAUCUUCCUUGCUCGCCACCCGGAUAAAGGAUGAAGAGAUUCCGGAAUCUCUUCAUUUCGAAACGGGCGAGGAGAUGGAGCGCUGGGAUUCGCACUACGCUGCCAUGAUUGCCAGAUCUUUCCCAUGCUACGUAGAAUUGGCCACGAGAUGGACGGCCGGGAUUUGGUAGGCGCUCACUAUGAUUGCCAGGUUAUUCCAAGCAUUGGGAAAUUUUCUCCCCUACCUGGCACAACGAGAAAUGGUGGUAGGUGAAACCUUGUGUGAGACAAAGCUUCACCUAAACCAUUUAAACCGGGCAAUGUGACUUUUCUUUACUUUUCACCGCAGUGAAAAAGAGAAUUAUCCGCCAGGGUUUAUGUUAAUGUGAUCCCUACUUCCAGUUCUUUGGCUUGUUUUGCUGCGCCUUGGCGGAGGCGGCAACGAGGCGAUCGCUCGAUGGAUAAUCGCUGAUCUGCCAGUGUCGCGGUGAAAUUUCCGGCUCUCGUUUGCUAGCGCCUCGAUUCCAGGGGAAGAGAAAUGGGAAUCAAAUGGCUCGAGUACACACCAGUGGAGCGAAUGAGCACGAAAGAAGAUAGCGAUGUCGAAUAUCUAUACGUGGAAGUUAAAGCUCCACGCAUGGCCGGCUUGACUCUCAAAUGCUUUACCUGGAUGAUGGAGUCCACUAUUGGAACUUUUUUUCUAAAACCAAAGCUUAAGAGGGACAAUCUUAUCACAAAGACAUUUGUGCAAUCCCGGUAUGAUGAGCCUCCCAUGUUUCAGCCUCAUUUCUCAUUGCCAGAACCGGAGGAUGGUGUGCUGACGCUUGACUCGAGUCUUUCGGUUCCUGGUAGAGUUUCCCGCUCGUUGGACUGCCUUGGUAGCCUUCACGAAAGGAAAGCCGGGGAUGGAGCAUAUGUGUUUCGGCACUGGACUAUCCGGGACUAUACACACGCUUAUAAGUCUGGCCGCAUUACGCCAACACAGGUGGCAGAGAGAUUUCUCUCUGCGGUCGACGAGUCUAUAAAAGGACAACCAGGAAUGAGUAUCUUUAUCGCAUAUAAUCCUCGAGAUAUACUUCGCCAAGCAGAAGAGUCCACUUCCCGAUACAAGCAAGGGAAACCUUUGUCUGUUCUCGACGGAGUUCCAAUUGCUGUGAAAGACGAGCUUGAUUGUCUGCCAUACGACACCACCGGCGGCACGAAAUGGAUGAGUAAAGUGAGAGAUGUCAAAGAAGAUGCAGCAUGCGUAUCGAAAUUGAGGGCGUGUGGAGCGAUGCUUGUCGGAAAAACCAAUAUGCAUGAGCUCGGGCAAGGCACUACUGGCAUCAAUCCUCACUAUGGGGCAACACGAAAUCCUUAUAACAAAGCAAAAGCGUCUGGGGGAUCAUCUGGAGGUUCAGCUGCUGCAGUGGCUUGUGGACUCUGUCCUGCUGCAUUAGGAGUCGAUGGCGGAGGCUCUGUGCGCAUGCCGGCAGCACUCUGCGGGAUUGUUGGAUUGAAAGGCACAUUCGGGCGUAUCUCGUCUCAUGGGGUGCUUCCUCUAAACUGGACAGUUGGAAGCGUUGGGGUAUUGGCAGCAACGGUCGAGGACACGCUUAUAAUGUAUGCAGCUGUUCAUGGCCAUCUUUCUAGCGACCGCAUUGUUUCAAUACCUCCUCAGGUCACUCUGCCACAGUUGAACCGUAUCGAGAACGAGGCUAUUGGCAGUUUAAAACUUGCAAAAUACACCGAGUGGUUUGAUGAUUCGGAUCCUGAUGUGAAGGACCGAUGUUAUGCAGCCUUGAGUAAACUACAGAAACGAUAUGGUUGCAAGACGGUUGAGGUCACUAUACCAGAAUUGGAGGAGAUGCGUUUAGCACAUUUUGUCACAAUCGGCUGCGAGUGUUACAGCUCCAUUGGAAUCCAAUAUGAAAACGUAGGUGUAACCGCUACUGGUGCGGAUAUCCGAGUUGGAUUUUCUCUGUAUAAAUCCUUUACGAACACCGAAUAUCUUUCAGCGCAACGCAUGAGGUAUCGCCAAAUGUACUACCAUAUGCAGAUAUUUAAGAACGCAGAUGUGAUCGUAACUCCUACCACAGCGGCAACAGCACCGUCUAUUUCGUUGGACGCUCUUGAAUGUGGAGAACUCAACUAUGUCUAUGGAGCUAAACUCAUGCGGUACCAGAUUGCUGGGAACUUCAUCGGACUCCCCGCGAUAUCCGUGCCGGUUGGAUUUGACCAGGCGGGCAUGCCGAUUGGCAUCCAACUUAUCGGGAAACCAUGGUCGGAAGCUACGCUGCUCAGGCUUGCAUACGUGAUUGAGGGCCUUUGUGCUGCUGAGAGCCGGCGGCCAGAGGUGUUGUUCGAUCUCUUGCUAUAAAUUGGGCGAGCUUUGUUUAUGCAAUGUAAUUUUUAGUUUUUAUCUAAUUAGAGCUUAAUGUUAGUACUUGGCCUCUCAAA